UGUAGAUGAUCAGUUGUUCAAUACAUUAGCCCAACAUCUCAAAGAUACUUGAAUGCAUGCAGACAAUGAACCGGAUAAAGCGGCACUAACUGGCACUACUUCUAUCCAUGCGUAGUAAUACACUGUCGAAUGCAUCACGCAGAGCGAUCAGGUGUAUGACGCAAAACGUUGCAUUCAACGAGGUGAAAUCCAAGUCUAUCAUUCUGGAAUUUCGCACAACUUACAACCAUGUAUUUGAUCAAAUAACGUUAAAUGCAUUCGGUUACUGCUCUGAGAAGAAAAAGAAACCAUCGACACUUAAAGGACUCGGAGGAAGAGUGUUAAAAAACGUAUUUACAGCAUGACGGUAAAGCGCUGGUGAUAUCUGUCAACCUGCAUUUGACCACCCUUUAAAUUCCCUGAAGCUAGCCUCCACACAGACAGACAACCAGCAUGUCCGGGAGGUACACCCCCGCCCCAGGAGGGCCUUUCUCUGCUCUCACCCCCAGCAUGUGGCCUCAGGACAUUCUGGCCAAGUACCACCAGAAAGACCCUGCAUUGGAGUCAGAGGUUCAGUAUGAUGAGUUUGGGUUCAGGAUCGACAGUGAAGACGGCCUGGACUCCCAUGAGUGGCUGCGUGGCGAGGGUGCCCCCCUGCGCGAGGACCCCCAGCAAAGGCUGCGCUGGCAGGCCUACCUGGAGUUCACCCACAACCACGCAGUGGGAGACCUGACCUGGGACGGCAUCUCGCCCUGCCUGCCCCGCACUGACCGCCUGCGCUCGCUGGUCCUGGCCGGCAUCCCCCACUCCAUGAGGCCGCAGCUUUGGAUGCGGCUGUCGGGGGCACUGCAGAAGAAGCGGACGUCUGAGAUGUCCUACAAAGAGCUUGUCAAGAACAGCACCACCGACGACACCACAGCAGCUAAACAGAUUGAGAAGGACCUGUUACGGACGAUGCCCACCAACGCCUGUUUCAGCAGCCUGACGAGUGUGGGGGUGCCCAGGCUGAGGAGGGUGCUGCGGGGGCUGGCAUGGCUCUACCCCGACAUCGGCUACUGCCAGGGCACGGGCAUGGUGGUGUCGUGUCUUCUGCUCUUCAUGGAGGAGGAGGACGCUCUGUGGAUGAUGUGCGCCCUGAUCGAGGACCUGCUGCCGCCCGCCUACUUCUCCUCCACGCUGCUGGGGGUGCAGACAGACCAGCGCGUGCUGCGGCAGCUCAUCGUCCAGUACCUUCCCCGUCUUGACCGCCUGUUGCAGGAGCACGACAUCGAGCUGUCCCUGAUCACUUUGCACUGGUUCCUGACGUCCUUCGCCAGUGUGGUGGACAUCCGCAUCCUGCUGCGGAUCUGGGACCUGCACUUCUACGAGGGCUCCGUCGUGCUUUUCCAGGUCACACUGGGCAUGCUCAAGAUCAAGGAGGAAGAGCUGGUGUCGUCCGAGAACUCGGCGUCCAUCUUCAACACGCUGUCGGACCUCCCCAGCCAGCUGGAGGACGGCGCCGCCGUGCUGGGUGAGGCGGUGCGACUGGCCGGCUCGCUCUCACAGGACAACCUGGACGCCCAGCGCCGCAAGCACCUGGCCUACAUCCUGGCCGAGCAGGCGCAGCUCAACUCCGAAAACCACCACCACCCGCACGCCAACCUCAACGCACACCUUAACAAGGCGGUACGCAGACAGAGCCUGCGCAGGAAGUCCACGCUGAGCACGCUCCUGUGGGGCGAGGACGACGCGGAGUCGCUCAAGGCCAAGAACAUCAAGCAGACGGAGCUGGUGGCCGCGCUCCGAGAGGCCAUCAACCGCACCGCUGAGCACUUCCACUGCCUGGACCCCCGCAACUGCAGCACGGAUCUCACUCCAGACUACUCCAUGGAGAGCCAUCAGAGGGACCAUGAGAACUUCCUAGUGGUGUCACGAAACCGCCGUCGGCGGGCCAAGGCUCUGCUGGACUUCGAGCGCCACGACGACGACGAGCUGGGCUUCCGCAAGAACGACAUCAUCACAAUCGUGUCCCAGAAAGACGAGCACUGCUGGGUGGGAGAGCUCAACGGGCUGAGAGGUUGGUUUCCUGCCAAGUUUGUGGAGAUCCUUGAUGAACGGAGUAAAGAGUACUCCAUGGCAGGGGACGACUCUGUGACGGAGGCCAUAACAGAUCUGGUGAGGGGGACGCUGUGUCCAGCCCUCAAGGACAUCUUCGCGCACGGCCUGAAGAAAACGUCCAUACUCGGGGGACCAUGCCACCCCUGGCUCUUCAUAGAGGAGGCUGCUAGCAGAGAAGUGGAGAGAGAUUUCAACUCUGUCUACUCCAGACUGGUGCUGUGCAAGACCUACAGGCUGGAUGAGGAUGGGAAGGUGCUGACCCCAGAGGAGCUGCUCUACAGAGCAGUGCAGUCUGUUAACAUGAGUCACGACACCGCGCACGCACAGAUGGACGUCAAGUUCCGCUCACUGAUCUGUGUGGGCCUAAAUGAGCAGGUGCUGCACCUGUGGCUGGAGGUGCUGUGUUCCAGCAUCGCCGCGGUGGAGAAGUGGUACCAGCCCUGGUCCUUCCUGCGCAGCCCUGGCUGGGUGCAGAUCAAGUGUGAACUCCGGGUUCUCUCCAAGUUCGCAUUCAGUCUCUCUCAAGACUGUGAGCUGCCUGCUAAGAAAGAGAACUCUCCCAUUCUGAAAUCGGAAGUGGUGGAUGUGUUGGUUCAACAUCAUCUCUUUAGUUGGGAUCUUUAGGAGAAGGAGCAGAAACCGUUGAAGGAGGGCGUGCAGGACAUGCUGGUGAAGCACCAUCUCUUCAGCUGGGACAUCGACGGCUAACAUGCCCCAGUCACUUACACACACACCCACACACACACAGGCCCAUCCAUCCACACGCUUACCUCCUUCCUCACCUGCACUCAAGAACAGCAUCACUCAGCAGUCUGGAUAGGCACCUGUACAUCGCAGCCAUUUGGCCUCAGUGCUUGCCAGCUGCCGCGAAUGAUGUCACUAAAGUAUUUAAGGACACGCAGGUCGUGGUGGUCUGCAACAACCUUUAACACGCCUUGAAAAUGAAUCGUUGCCCUUGCGCCUUACUCUCGAGAAGACUGUAGUCUUUUGAAGAAGGACAAAAAAAAGAGACCUAUGUUGUUGAAGCUGGCAUGAAUCUGGCAAUCGGUCAUGGCGCCCUUUCCUGGCCAUAUGUCAUCAAGGCCCUCUCAAGCGUUUCCAUUGCAGUAUAUAGCCCACAUGCAGGGCUGUGUCUACCUAACACUACUACAGUACGCAGUAGAAGAAGGGCUGUGUUUUACCUCUGUCUCUGCUGAAUAGAAUACUAGCGAUCCAUCGCUAACUAUGCAGCAAAGGGGGGUUGCGUCUCAUGGCUGAACUAAGACACUUCUAUUCUGUCCUGGCUGUCCAUCGACCACAAACCUGAAGAUGAAAGAUGGAAGGUUUAUCUGUGCAUGAGAGUUCAGUCUCUCUGUCCACUUGGCACUGUAUUGUUUUCGACCACAGUGAAGGACUCAUUAAUAGGUCAAUGUCAAAGUUCUUAUGAAUAAGGAGAACUUAAUGAAGAUGCUGAAAGAUGCUUAAGCGAUGUUCAUUUGUACGUUCUGGUAUUACUGAUGAAAUAUCACUGUGGAUCUAGUCUCUUUCCAUAUCUGUUCUAAAUAGCUUUACCACUAUCUUCCCCUGAAUUGUGUAAAAUAUGUAUAAUUCUAUUUUUUUUUUUUCAUGAUCCAAGUUACGUGUGUGGUUUACAAGGGCCAUUUUGCUUGCAGGCUUCACUAACGGGUAAAAGAAAGGUCAUUUUUUGCUGCACAGUGGACCCCAGGUCACCCAUUGUAAUUGGUUGUUUGCCCAUUAUAUGCCAUGAAUAGGGGUCUAGCGGUCACCAAUAUCUGCAGUUCAGUCAUCCAAUGCUUAAACACUAAAUAACUUGGACCAGGGAUUUAUGCCCAGCCAGGACAAGUCCAGGGCAUCCCAAAUUGGGUCAGGACUGACCUUCCUUUUACUACAGGUGUUAAUGUAGUGGACUUUUGCCUCCUGUUGUAUUGGUUGACCAGGACCACAUGAACCUGCAGGGCUCUUGAUUGUAUCCUAUGUAGAUGUACUAUAAUUCAGAUCUACACAUAUGAGUAAAUAAAACUCCAACUUUCAAAACAG